GAACAAUGGGAUAUGAUGCUUUUUGGUUGGCUUGAAGCGGCUUGAAGUACUGUGAUUGGUGGUCUAUAAAACUACAUUUCCCAUGUACAUGCCGCUAAACAGCUGACAGGACAGCUGUGCUCGGCGGAUGGCAAAGCUGCGUGUGCGCUCUUUGUGUCAAAACACGGGGAGACUGACUAUGAGACGGACGUUAACAAAGAAAACUUUACACUCUAAGCACAAGUGCUCACUGUUAUGGAUCUCUUCUUCAUACAAGGAUGUUUCAUCGCCUUAACUUUUGAGGAAUUUUAACUGUUGAAAUUAUUUUUUAUUUUUUUAUGUUUUCCAGAAAGUUGGCCUCCUGGGGAUAAGGCAGGGAUUGUUAGUUGGUGAAAGGAUCCUUUCAGACAAAGUCAUGGUGCUAAUUUUGGGUCGGCGUGUCAAUCAUGAAAACUCUGGUGGUGUGCCAGAAUCCCCUGCAAUCAAACGGAAAGUCUUGGAGAUGGAGUCCAAGAACCUGAGUGACGUGUACAACUUUUUUUCCGGUUCUUCUCAUGCUGAGAGCGUACUACAGGUCUUCAAUGAGUUCCGUGACAGUCGUCUGUUUACGGACGUGAUCAUCAGUGUUCAGGGUCGAGAGUUCCCAUGUCACCGCGCUGUGCUGUCAGCCUGCAGCAGCUACUUCCAUGCCAUGUUCUGCAACGACCACCGGGAGAGCCGCGAGAUGCUGGUGGAGAUCAAUGGCAUCCAGGCGGAUGCCAUGGACACUUUCCUGCAGUUUGUUUACACUGGUCGUGCCUGCAUCACCACGCACAACGUCCAGUUUCUCUUUGAGACUUCUAGCCUCUUCCAGAUCGUCACUCUGCGAGAUGCUUGCGCAAAAUUCCUAGAGGAGCAGCUGGACCCCUGCAACUGCCUUGGAAUCCAGCGCUUUGCAGAUGCUCAUUCUCUCAAACAGCUGGCCAGUCAUUGCCGUAGCUUUGCCCUGCAGAAUUUUCCAGAAGUGGCGCAGCACGAGGAGUUUCUCGACUUGCGCAAAGACGAACUGGAGGGAUACAUAGCUAGCGAUGAGCUGUCCAUUUGCCGGGAGGAAGUGGUGUUCGAGGCAGUGAUGCGCUGGGUCUACCACGGUGUGGAGGACCGCAGGCCCAUGCUCAAAGACUUGUUACAACAUGUUCGACUGCCUCUCCUGCACCCAAACUACUUUGUUCAGACGGUGGAAGGUGAUCAACUGAUCCAGAAUGCUCCAGAAUGUUACCAGCUGCUGCAUGAAGCACGUCGUUACCACGUACUUGGGAACGAGAUGAUGUCACCACGUACCAGACCCCGCAGGUCAACAGGUUUCUCUGAGGUCAUCGUGGUAGUGGGAGGGUGUGAGAGAGUGGGAGGAUUUAAUCUACCCUACACAGAGUGUUAUGACCCCGUGACGGGAGAAUGGACGUCUCUUGCUAAACACCCCGAGUACACCAAGUCCGAAUAUGCAGUCUGUGCCCUCCGCAACGACAUCCUUGUGUCAGGUGGACGCAUAAACAGCAGUUACGUGUGGAUGUAUAACUCACAACUCAACCUCUGGAUCAAAGUGGCCUCUCUCAAUAAGGGUCGCUGGAGACACAAGAUGACUGUCCUGCUAGGGAAGGUGUAUGCAGUUGGAGGUUAUGAUGGCCAGUGCUGUCUCAGUAACGUGGAAGUGUAUGACUCCUUCUCCAACCGCUGGACAGAGGUGACCCCUAUGAAAGUAGCCGUCUGCUCCCCGGCGGUGACCAGCUGUGCUGGAAAACUCUUUGUCAUUGGUGGACAGCCCAAUGAAAUCAGCUGCUCCAAUAAGGUCCAGUGUUAUUGCCCCGAGACUGACAGCUGGCAGCUGAGGGCGUGUGUUCCCUUCACCAAACCCAACAUUUCUGCUGUGUCUCUCAAUAACCUCAUCUAUGUAUGUGGCGGCCUGACCAAGUCCAUCUACUGCUAUGAUCCUGUAGAGAACCACUGGAUACAUGUGGUCAAUACCUUCAGCAGACAGGAGAGCUGUGGCAUGUCAGUUUGUAAUGGAAAGAUCUUCAUUCUGGGUGGGCGGGGAGAAAACGGUGAUGCUUCUGACAACAUCAUAUGCUACGACCCCGCCUCUGGCAUCAUCACAGGCGUGGCUGCCAUGCCCCGCCCCAUCUCCUACCACGGCUGUGUUACCAUACACCGUUUCAGCGAGAAACGACACAAACCCUGAGAGCAUCCACAAACACACAGCAAGCUGGAUGUGUCACCAUCUACAGUACUGCUUCAAUUUUUAAACUUAUCCUCACAAAGCCAGAAGUAAUCUGUUAAACGGUCACAUAAUUUAUAUUGAUCUCCCAGUUAUACAGUUAACAAACAGAGUAUAUGUGGAGUUAACACAUAGCUUGUCCAUUGUCUUUUUAUCAACAUUAAGAUUUAAGGAUUAAAAUGUAUAGGAAUUUUAAGGGGUUAUGAUACGAGGAAUAAAAUGUUCCUUUAUAUAUUGACAUAUAAGAGGUCAUUGUACUAUGAAAACAUACUGUAAGUUUCAGAACUCAAAAUUUCCUCCUCACUGCAAAAACAGCAUUUGUUGAAACCAAGAUGCUAAAACGACUCAUGCUCACUUCUUCCACAUUGUAGUGACACUGGUAGACAUUUGUAUCUGACCGCCUCCACAACAACAUGUCAAUGCCUACUUUACCUUAUCACUUCAGUAGCCCCGCCCAGUAAUGGUGAGCAGUGAGAUGGCAAUGAGAGAGCAGGUCAGUCAAGAGCAGAGAGCCAAUCAUAACAGUGGGCGUUUACUGUCAAGUCUUAGGGUGCUUUCACACUGGCAGUUCGAAACAGAGCACGGUUCACAUGAAAAAUUGGUAAUGUGAAAGCUGUCAUGUGGACCGGGGAGUGCACUGCGGUACCUAACCCAAGACUACCUGUAGGAGGUGGUCUGAGUUCGGUUGCAAUGGAACUGUAGCGCGAUUCACGUGAAUGUGAAAGCAAAUCGGACUCGGGUGCGCACUCGUUCAGGAAGUAAAGUAACCUGCGCAUGCGUUUUAGCCGAUGACGACAUCUAUCUAUCUAUCUAUCUAUCUAUACAUCUUAUGAAUACUGUAUAUAAAUACUAUCAUAGGUUAUAAAUAUAGGGUAUAAUAGGAGAUGACAGUGGCGAUAACUUCACCUUGGACAUGAGCGUAAGCGUGCAGUGUAAGCAAAGAUGCUAAUUAAUUCCUUGCAAUCAGCUGUCUUCUCAAAAAACGCCGUUUGCGAGCAGCAGCAAGCCGCCUUCCCCUGGACAUCUGAUGAGUUACGCCAUGAAGCGCACAUAUACACAGUUGUCGUUCACUCUGCUGUGCAUAAUGGCACCAAAAUAAGAAAAAAACAAAAAGUAUGAUGAGUCGCUUUGUGUUCUCAAUGCGUGUUUGUGAUGACGUAAGAUGAACGCAAAUGGACCGGGGUUCGAUAGAAUCAAGUGAGUGUGAAACCAGACCAAAGCUGCGGGGGCACCGGGAACAAUCGCAUUCGGAAUCGGACCGCAGCAAACGUUCCCAGUGUGAAAGCCCCCUUAGAGGAGCAGCACCAAAACAGAGCGUUUCUGACAGAGGCUCAAAAUGAGGGUGGAAAAUGAUAAUGUUUUACAAAUAUAUGACCAAAACAUUUGUACUAAUAUCAUAAGUGAACCUCAAGGAACAUAUUAAAAUAAUAAUAAUAAUAAUAAUAAUAAAAAAAAGGCAUGUCAUGACCCCUUUAAGGGAAAGUGUAUUUUUUAGAUGUCAUGACUGGUAAACCUCUCCUCUGCGUUUUUCACCAUUUUUAAAUCACCUUUUUACCUGGUCCAACAGUGCGAAAAAUACAUUUUUAAAAGUACAAAUAUUCCAUGUUUAAAAUUGAAAAUGACAGAUGCAUGCAUAAUUAUAAUUUUAAAAAAAAUUGCAAAAUGGGGUUUUGUCACACUGCAGAACAUGUCAACAUCCCAAUAGUAUUUCAUGACACACAAAAUUUUGGACUGUAUUUAACUGCUCAAGUUAAGAAAAGUUCAAUUUCGUUAGCGUCAUCAGGCCAAAGCUGUUAAGAUUGUUAUCUGUGAGGCAACAGUUCUCUGGCAUUGACUGUUUUUUCAAAACACUGGAAGUGUGUAAAACCUCCCCAUCCUCUUAACUGAAACUGCACCUACAGGCUGGUAAUCAUACAUUCUAUGAAUUUAUCAAAUAUAUGAUGGAUCAAUCUGGUUUUCUAGGUGCUGUGAUGGUGCCAACAGAAACAGACUCAACAAAUGCUCACGUCCUGUCCUCUUUUCCCCUUUUUUCUUUAGUUUCUGACAUACAGUACCUUUAUUUUAAUUUUUUACCUUUUAAAUGUACUUUUUUACUUGUUGUUUAUGCCUUUUAAUCUUUAUUUGUAUGCUAUUUUUAAUGUUUUUGUAGCAUUAGUCCUGUAUUUUGACAUUGCUUGGUUGAUUUCUUGACGUGUCAGUCUGCAGACAUAAACAGAGGUUUUGACUGGUGGAAUUUGGGGUGGUUUCAAGAAGCCUUUCACUGUUCUGCAUCAUAUUGUUAUGCUUUUGAGCUUACUAAAUGACAGACAACACUUAAUUACUACAUUAGCUUUAAGGGGUUUUCAUAUAGAGGUUUUUGUGUUCUAUCAACAUUUUUUUUUAAAGAAAUGUAGCAGUUGAUUUGAAAACCUAAGGCAGUUCUGAUUUUGAAAUGUCACUAUUCCUUUGGGUUCUCAAUAAACUGUACAGCUGUGAAUUGAAUUUUUCCCUAGUGUGUCAUAUCUGUAUUUAAGUGUCUUUAGUGUGACAACCAGGAUGUGCCUUUCUGAUUUUUUAGUUUUUUAAAUCAGAGCCCCAGUCAUGCACUUACGUAAUUAGUGUUAGUAAUAUGAUUUCUCAGUGUAAAUAAAUUGUUUUGAAUUUCCUUUAUUAAACAUUUUGCUAUUUUAUGUUGUGAUUGUAUCUUAUGCUUUGAAAUGGAGUGCAAAGUUUGUGUGCUUGCGUGUACGUCUGUGCAUGUUCAUAUUAGACUGAUUUAAAACUGUUAUGUUUAUUGGUCAAAUAACUGCAUCCUCUGCUGUAGUGCUUAUCAGUAUUGGAGACAGACAUGUACCAUAUCAUAAUCAUCUACCAUUAGUUUAACUUCCUGAAAUUCAUCUGAAAGUUUCAGACAGGAUGCUGGCAGCAUGGUCUCCAGUAUAACUAUAGCACUACACAUCAAUUACAACCUUUAAUGACAAAGAUACACGCAUGUCUGUAUAUAUGUAUUUAAAUAGUUUCAUAUACAAACAUGAUUUGUAAUUGGAUCAUUUUAAUAAUUACAAGCUGUACUGUUCAAUAUUUUUGUAAACGUUAUUUUGCCAUUGUAUGUACUAUUGUGCUAUUAUGCAGUGCUGUCUAUUAUAUGAUCUUUUGAUUUGUUUGACUGCUCUUUGCUUUAGUGGAGAUUCAAAGCUUUAAUCAUCCUGUUGCCAUGGUCACAAAAUGUACAUCUGCCGAUAUUGACUUACCAAAAUACCACCUGGUUAUAGAGCACAAGAAUGGGUCUGAUCAUCUGAGCUCAGAGUUUGUCAUUCUCAGCAUUUUUAUUUAUAAGCACAUCCUGGUAUUUGUAUAUCCGUGAAAACUGAAAUGCCGUUAAAACCCGACAAUGCAGUUUUACACCAUUUCACUUCCCUGGAACGAAACCGUAGCUGAGCAGUGAUUGAGUAUGGUCCAAAGCAUUAAAAAUGUUGGACGGUAUCCAAAUGGGCCUUAACCUGUGUAACUGAUUGAGAAUAUAUGCGUUUAACUAUUCUGCUUCUUGUCUUUUAAGCAUCUCAAUAAAGUUUUUACUUCUAUGGUUUAACUUGAUGUAUUAUGUAACAAUUUGUCAGAAAAUAUUCAAAUGUCUAUAGCGCUCUGUGUUAGUACAACUUGAUUCCUGUGGCCUGAGGAAACUUUCAUUCCUAAGGGUAUUUGUGAAGCAUUCUGCUGAAAUUUCCUAGAGGAAUUCAGAGAUGAAAUAUGUGCUGUAUUGUUCAUACUCUGGUUUGCUGUCUUAAAAGGAUAGUUCAUUAUUUACUCAGCCUCAUGUUGUUCCAAAACCACAUGACUUUCGUAAAAACACAAAAGGGGAUGUUCGACAGAAUGAUAGUCUCAGUCACCACUCGCUUUCAUUGUAUGGAAAAAAGAAGCAAUCAAAGGGAAUGGUGACAGAUUGAUAUUCUGCCAUCUUUUGGGUUCUGCUUAAGAAUGAAAGUCAUAAAGAUUUGGAACAACAUGAGUUAAUGAUGACAGCAUUUUAAUUUUGGAGUGAACUAUCGCCUUAAGCGAAUAAUAAAUUAUCUCUAACGAUUGUUAAAGUUUAAGAAUUCUCCUACCCCUUCGUUGAAAUACAUAAAUUAUCUUCAGCAGGGCCUACUAAUUCAGUCACAAAACUGUUUGGCUGAAGCAAAAAGACUGAUUGAAUUGUUUAAAAUGCUUCAGGCACUGAUUGUAAUUGACCUGCUAAACAUUUAAUGUGGACGAAAAGCUCCGAUAAACAGAAAUGUUACACACUCAUGCACACGCUUAGUUUUAUCAAAUGUACCCAACACUGGCAAACCUCCAAAACUUUAACAUUUUCUCUGUUCAGGUACGGUUCUGAAUAACAUUAGUAAAAGGCUGACCAGCAGAGAAUGGGUUUUCUUUUUGAGAAAUUUACAUUACUAUUGUUGCCUUGAGCUUGUUCACUGGAGGUUUAUGUCUUAUGUCCUGAAAUGCUGCUUUGUGACCAUUGUUAAAAGCGCUA